GAGGAGGAAGCCCCGCCCCCGCCGGGCUCGCUCAAGUCCAAACCCGGCCUCCAGCCUCCUACCCACGACCCUCGGCCGGGCAGCCGCCAGAACCUCCAAGCGUCCUGCGGGCUGCAGCUUCCACCCGGAGGGAAGAGCGACAUGGCGGCGGCCAAGCCCGAGAACCUGUCUCUGGUGGUUCACGGACCCGGGGACCUGCGCCUGGAGAACUACCCUAUUCCUGAACCAGGCCCAAAUGAGGUGCUGCUGAAGAUGCAUUCCGUUGGAAUCUGCGGCUCAGAUGUCCACUACUGGCAGCAUGGUCGAAUUGGGGAUUUUAUUGUGAAAAAGCCAAUGGUUCUGGGUCAUGAAGCAUCAGGAACAGUCGUAAAAGUGGGGUCAUUGGUAAAGCACCUACAACAAGGUGAUCGCGUUGCCAUCGAGCCUGGUGCUCCUCGAGAAAUCGAUGAAUUUUGCAAGAUUGGCCGAUACAACCUGUCACCAACCAUCUUCUUCUGUGCCACGCCCCCCGAUGAUGGGAACCUCUGCCGGUUCUAUAAGCACGAUGCCAACUUCUGCUACAAGCUUCCUGACAAUGUCACCUUUGAGGAAGGGGCCCUGAUUGAGCCACUGUCUGUGGGGAUCCAUACCUGCCGGCGAGCUGGAGUCACCCUGGGGAACAAGGUCUUUGUAUGCGGAGCUGGGCCAAUUGGAUUGGUCAAUUUGCUGGUGGCCAAGGCAAUGGGCGCAGCUCAAGUGGUGGUGACUGAUCUGUCUGCCUCUCGGUUGUCUAAAGCCAAGGAAGUUGGGGCUGACUUUGUCCUCCAGAUCACCAAGGAGAGCCCGCAGGAAAUCGCCAGUAAAGUGGAAGGUCUCCUGGGGUGCAAGCCAGAAGUCACCAUCGAGUGCACUGGGGCGGAGGCCGCCAUCCAGGCGGGCAUCUACGCCACUUGUCCUGGUGGGACCCUGAUGCUUGUAGGACUGGGUUCUGAGAUGGUCAAUGUGCCCCUAGUGCAUGCAGCCAUCCGAGAAGUGGAUAUCAAGGGCGUGUUUCGAUACUGCAACACAUGGCCGAUGGCGAUUUCAAUGCUUGCAUCCAAGUCUGUGAAUGUGAAGUCUUUAGUGACCCAUAGGUUUCCUCUGGAGAAAGCGCUGGAGGCCUUUGAAACAUCCAAAAAGGGUUUGGGGUUGAAAGUCAUGAUCAAGUGCGACCCCAAUGACCAGAAUCCCUGAUGUUAAUUGGGCUCUGCCCUCAUUCCCACCCUCUCAGCAUCUCAGGGCUAAAUGGCUAGGCAAGGGUGGGCUUUAAGGCAGAAGUUUCUUUUAAGUAGUAAGGGUGAUUAAAAUAAUUCAUUAUAAGCAGAGAGCCUUACACAGAGCAGUUGGUAUGCCUUAAACACACAAACAGGGAUAGUUUGGAGAAACUUGUAAUCAGAAUGACCUGUUUCUGCUGAGUCAAGUGAGGGAAGAAAUCUGUCCCUUGAGUUCCUGCUUCCAUCGUGACUGGUCAGGUGGGGGCUGAGGGGGCUGAGUUAUGAAGAGACAACUUUAUCGAGACGUAACUGGUCCAGAAGCUGAUUUUCAGGAAAAUCUGCCCCUCGGGACCUGGGAUGAGGGGCUGUCAGCAGUUUUAGCUGAGAGCACAGUGUUUUUAGACAUAGGUGCUGUUUGGUUUGAUGACAAAGGGAGAAUAAGGGACUGACCUGCUGGGUAAUUAUAAAACCAAAAUCCCACAUUAGGUCAAACCAACUUAUAUUCCUCAAAUGUAGAAAUAGUCAGGGAACAUCUCAACACUGAAGUCUGCCUCAUUUUCAACCCCUGAGAAUUGUGUUUGCAAGGUGAAUAGCCACCUUCCUAACCGACCCCCACCCCCAGCCACUGCAGGCUUCUUUGUCACAGGCAACCAGGAGAUGCCUGCCUAAGGAGAGUCACAGGGGGCCCUCACAGGAGACCUUAAAUCAUGCCUUUGAUUAGCCAGGAGGGUUUGGUUGAUGCACCACAGGAAUAGCAUCCCCUUCUAGGCUCAAACUCCCACAGGAUUAUUAUACAAUUCCAUGUAAUUCUGGUAACCAUAAACAGAAAACCGUCCUCUUCUCAGCCAGUUAAGACCCUUGAUGUCUUUCUAUCUGAAUAAUCUCUCUAAAAUUGUGACCUUGUUUUAAGUUUACUGUGUAAGAGUCAAUCACAUUAUGCCCAUAUGUGACUUUAAGAUUAUUAUUCAGGAAUGAGGAUAUAGCAGCUGUGACUUAACUUAGCUGCAGCCAUUAAUCCCUCGCUCCAGCUGGGGGUGGAGGGUGGCUUCGAAGAGGUUCUGAUUUUCUCGUGACCAGGUAAAACUGUGACCUGGAAUUCCUCAAACUGCUUUGGGUAAUAAAUUCUGCUUGUAGUGCCA